AUGUCUACCGUAGACGGCGCCAUCACUUUCGGCCCAGAUGCGAACUGCACUCUCGAGAUCUGCCCGCUGGAAUCGAGCAUACUGCAAUACCAGCCGUCCGUUCCGGCAAACGUCUUCUUCAUCGCCUUCUUCGGCCUGGCCAUCGCCGCCCACUCCCUGCAAGGGAUCCAGGGGCGCACCUGGGGGUUCGUGGCGAGCAUGGUCAGCGGCUGCAUCCUGGAAGUCGUGGGCUACGCGGGCAGGCUCAUCAUCCAUGAUAACCCUUUCGACUUCGCCGGGUUUCUCAUACAGAUAAUCUGCAUCACCAUUGCCCCCGUCUUCUUUUGCUCGGCCAUAUACGUGCUGUUAUCUCAAGUCAUUAUCCACAUCGACCCGCAGAUCUCCCGCUUCAGCCCGCGCCUGUUCUACUGGAUCUUCAUACCCUGCGACAUCGCCUCGCUGAUCCUGCAGGCGACCGGGGGCGCGCUGUCGUGCGUGGGCACGUCCAAGGACGACAUCAAGCAGGGGGAGGACAUCUCGCUGGCCGGGCUCGUGUUCCAGGUCUUCACGCUGGUGGUCUUCCUCGGCCUCUUCGCCGACUACCUCGCCGCCUGCGCGAGGGCCACGUCUGCUGCCGCCCGGGGGCGCAUCACGCCCCGGGUCAAGGUCUUCCUGGCGUUCUUGCUCAUGUCCGUCGUCUUGAUCCUGGUCCGCUGUGCGUACCGCAUCGUCGAGCUGCAGGGCGGUUAUUUCAGUGAGACGUUUCGUGAUGAGGGACUGUUUAUCGGCCUAGAGUCCGGGGUCAUGUGUCUCGCCGUUGUAUGCCUAAAUAUUGGCCAUCCUUCCGUUGCGUUUGGUGGUGAUAAUGCCGAACGAAAAUCCGGGUUAUUCGAGCUUCAGGAGCGUGAUGAGGUCUGA